AUGUCUUGGAUUAACCAAAACUAGGUUACCGUCAACAAGCCUAACAAUUUUCUUGGGUUAUUUAGCCAAUCACGAGAUUCCUUACACCCUGAUUCUGGCGAGCAAUUUACUAAACUUCCACCUCACCUCUACACUAAACAUAAAGGAAAGAAACCUUCUCAAAUUCUUUAUGACGAGGUUCGUUUACUUUACUAUAACAUUUUAGAUCUAUAAGGAAAUUAUCGAAACUCUCAAUAUUAACAGAUUCACAUAGCCUCCUCCACAAUAUGAAUUGAAAGAAUAGAGUUUCAAAUGUUGGCAAUGUCAAAAGCCAAUUUCAAAUGGGUUCUUAACUAUAGGUGCAAAUUGUGAUUUAUGCUUUUUUCACGGUCGCUAUUUUUGUAAUGAUUGCAUGUCGGUGGUUAGAAUGCCAAUUCCAUGGAAAGCCUUAGAGAGUUUUGAUUUGAGACAUUACAAGGUUUCUAAAGUUGCUUAAUCUGAAAUAGAUAAAUUAUACGAUCUACCCAUUCUAGAAAUACCUCCAACAUCGAAAUUAUUGUAAUUCAAUAAGACUCUUUUUGAAUUUCUAGUUCUCAAAAGAUAAAUUCACUUAUUAUAUGACAUGAUUUGCGAUCCAAAAUUAGUACAAACAUUACUCGAUAAAAGAAUGAACCUCUGUUUAAAGAGGAACUGUUUUAGUUUAAAGGAUUUAUAUGAAAUAUACAAUGGAAGUUUGACAAAAGUUAUUUAAGGAUAUUAUGUUAUUUUAUUUAAGCAUAUUGAUGUUUGUAAGAGUUGUUAAAAGAGAGGGCAUAUUUGCAGUAUUUGUAAGUGUAUGGUACCAAUCCAUGCUUUUGAUAUCAAGAAUGUCACAUAUUGUGAUGCAUGUUUGAAGGUUUAUCAUAGGGAAUGUGCCGAAUAAAAAUCAUGUCCUAAUUGUUUGCAAUAUAGAUGAUUUAUUAUUUAUUGGAUAG